UUCCCACCAAACGGUCUGUCAAAAAAUUCAAAAUCGCGGCUAUCGGUUUGUUUACGUUGAAAAUUCGGAUAACCUGCGUUGUGAGGUUGUUGGUGAAUCUACAAAAACCCCCUUGGACCACACGCACAGACGACAGAAAGAUGAGCCAAUCAGUUUCCGAGCAGCAGCUGGUGAAGAUGUUCUUCGUGAUCAAGGACGGCACCGAAAUUGACGCGGCCUCCGAUGACAUGCAUAUGGCGUACACGACGGUGCGGGAGCACGCGUUCGAGGAGAAGGUCAGCUGGGUGGAGGAAAGCGAGUGCCUUCGCUUCCGACCGGAUCAAUUGACGAAGAAGCACCUGUUUGUGUUUGAGCAGUUUUCCGGGAGGGCGUUUGAGUUUGUGCGCGAGGCCAAAGCGGUGCUGGUGGGGCCGAGGUGUUUGAUCAGUUGUUUUUUGGACGAUCAGCCGAUUCCUCCGGGCACGCAUCCGGUGAUGACGACCGCGAUGAGGAAUCUUAUCGUGUGCAGUUCCGGGUUGAAGCCGGACGAGAAGGCGCAGGUUAGCCAGCUGGUCAGCCAGAUGGGCGGGUAUUACUUGGAUGUUUUGACGGGGGCGUGCACACACCUGGUCGCAUGCACGGUCAAGUCGGUCAAGUAUGAAAAGGCCGCGGAGAUUAAGCUGAAGAUCAUGCAUCCGGCUUGGGUUCGGGAUGUUUGGGAGCAGAGUCUGAAGAAGAUGGUCUACGGGACGGACGCGGAGUUUGCAAAGCACGCACUUCCAAUCUUCUACUCACUGAAUAUCACUUCCACCGGGUUGACGCUGGGAAAACGGACUCAGAUCAAAAAGCUGAUCGAGGAAAACGGUGGCAAAUACAUCGGAGCGUUCAAAUCGGAACUGACAGACAUUCUGAUCCUGGAGAAGGACCACACCGGUUCGGACAAGUUCCGGGGAGCGGUUCGCUGCAAGAAGGAAUGUCUCACCCCGGCCUGGAUCGUCGACAGUGUCGAAAAGGGAUACGCCCUUCCAACCGGACCGUACGAGGUCAAAAGCAUCAAGUCCUCGACCCCGACCAAGGACGACUCCUCGCGGGACUUUAACCCGGACAGCACGCAGCUGUCGAUGAUUUCGCACGGCAACAGUCGCAACUUUUCCACCAUCAACGAGAGCGUCAUGAGCAUGACGUCGAACUCGUCGAUGGUUCCGGCGAUGCCGCAGCCGCCCGUGGUCAGUUCCAAGCCGAAGUACAAAGACUCACUGGCGAAAAUCAACGUUCAGCUCGCGAAGAAGGCGGGACUGUUUUUGGACGGGUGUAAUAUCUACCUGAGCGGCUUCACCGGCGAGGAGAAGGACAAGCUGAACAAAAUUCUCAACAGCGGCGGGGCCACCCGGUACGACGAGCUGAGCGACGGCAUCAGCCACGUGAUUGUGGGCUCGCAGGUGGCCUCCGAUUUCCGCGAGAUCCGCGAGCAGAACCUCAGCUCGCACGUCGUCACCGUCGAGUGGUUGGUCCGGUCGAUGGAGUUGAAGGGCCCGGCGCCGGAAGAGGACGAACUUUUGUUUAAGGGUGGGUUGAAGGAUGGGGAUGGGGAGAAGGCGCCAGAGCCGCCUUCUCCGGCCAGCAAGAAGAACCUGGAGUCGAUGAACAAUACCUUUAAGCGGCCAGAGUUGCCGCGGAAGCUGAGGUUGGACGAUUUGGGAGCGGGCCCGAGUCAGCAGAGUCGCGCGGAGGAUGAGCUGAUGCAGCAGUACAUGGAGAAGAAUACGUCGGUGCAGUUGCCUCCGGUUGAGGCGAAGUCGGUGGCGCCGGCCACGACUAGCAGUUCAAGCUUGCAGGAUUCGGAAGAGGAGUCCCAGUACACGCAGUUUAUGUUCGGGAAGACGUUCUUCGUGUAUGGGUUUUCCGAGGAGGACGCCACCCAGAUUGUGAGCGAUUGUGAAAAUUGUGGUGGGAUGAUCGUGAACGAGAACUACAGCGACUUGGUCGAUUACAUCGUGCUGCCGACGUGCAGUACCGGGGAGAUUGACUUCAACGUGCGAGGUCGAGCAACGGUCAACUGUUUGUGGCUGGAGACGUCGAUCCAGGACAGCGCGUGUCUUCCGUUGGAGUAUUAUUUUGAGCCAAUUCUGAACAACGAGGACGAUCCGAAGCCGUUGGAGGAAGAAGUGCUGGUAAUCAGCUCGUAUUCUGGAGCUGAGCGAACCUUCUUGAUCGCGCUGGGUGGAGUUCUGGGAGCGCGGGUUGAGGAUCGGUUGGUGCGGAAGGCAGCACCGAUCGUCAUCUGCAAGGAACCAUCCGGAGCGAAGUACGAAGCGGCCAUCAAGUGGGAGUUGACCGUGUUGACCGCCGAAUGGCUGAGGGAGUGUCUUCGGGCGAAGCGUCGUGUCAACGAAGAAUCGUUCCUGGUGGGCAAAUCCAUUUGCUCCUCGAAGAACAUCACCGAGUUGCCGGAAGUGUCGGCCUUGCCGGAGUUCUCCAAGAACCCCUGUUUGCCAACGACCUCCACCGAUGACGUGGACAUUGAUUCGGUUGUGAUGCCACCGCCGGGUAAGCGAGCUUCUGUUGAUCCUCCCAAGGAGAACCAACCGGACAACUACAAGUACAUCGCGGUUGACAACCGAAAAGACCAGUCCCAGGAGAUUGCGUACGAGUUCAAGCGGCUGUCUUCGCCCGAGUUACGCAAGAUCAGCUACGAAGAACGCCAGGUCUACUCGCAGGAGUUGCACCAGUACGAAGAUCUCGUCCAAUCGCAGCGUGACCAACGCAAGCCAUUCGAUCCUGGCCACUCGGUGGACUCACCGCUGGUGUUGAAGCACCGCCGUCUAUCAACCCUGACCGGGGUCAACUCUCCCGCCACUCCAACAUCCAACAACUCCUCCGACUACGAACAGCUCAGCGUAACGCAGCGGGUCAUGGAGUUUGAAACCCCCAUCCGGGACACGCUCUACAAGGUCCUCAAAGAGGCCGAAGAAGCAGACAAAAAGAUUACCCCAAGAACGCGUCGAAUGAACGAACUCCUAGCCACACCCAGCACAUCCGGCCAAGACGGCCACGUAAAAACGCCAACUCUGCCCGAGUGUAUGACCAAACCGGUCACCCCGUACGGCUUCCGCCCGGACGCCAGCCCGGAGAACCAUCUCUACCACAAGCGCAAAUUGCUCGUUUGGGACCAACUCCAUCGUCCCAAGCAACAAAACCAACAACAGCAGAAAGAACGUCGCAAAAGCACUCCGUUGAGCGAGCUCAAGCGACGCUUCUGGCGGGAGAACCUCGGCGAUGAAUACUGCGACUACGUUGAGUCCCAGUACGGAUCGACCCAAGCUCCGCUCCAACAACAAGACAGUGACGCGGUGAAACCCCAAGACCAACAAGAACCAGGCACUUCCAGAACCACCCGGAGCAAGGACGUGUUCCAGGAGAUCACCGCCGAAGAGGAAGGACCCCAGAACGAAAGUCGUCAGUCAACGGGAAGCAACGUGAGCGAGAAACGUCCUCGCGAAGACGAUGACGACGGCGACGAUGAUGAAGAAGACUCCGAAAGGCCAGCUAAGCGAGCGAAUGUCGACGAGCCCAACUUUAAGAAGCUCAGCGAUCUGAUUAACGAUAAUAAAAAUCAGGCAGCGGCCAAGCUGCGAAGCCGUCCGAAGGAGGUGAUGAAGGAGACGCAGUACACGGAACUGCCGCGGUUCGAUUCGGAAAUGCUCUCGGAAGACGGUCCCGGCGUUGGCUGGCGCGAUCCGUCCGAGCUGGAGCGAACGAACGCCAUCCGGAUGCAGCACCAGGGCCGCCCGAUCUUCGCCAUGUCCAGCGUCGCCGACCAGCAGAAGGCAACGCUGGUGCAGAAGAUUCUGGACCUGGGCGGACAGCUGUCGAGCAAACCGAACGAGUACGACAAGGCCUGUACGCACAUCCUGUGUGGCAAGCCGAACCGUGGCGAGAAGAUCCUUUCCGGGAUCGCCGCCGGCAAGUGGCUCCUUUGCGCCAAGUACAUUGAGGACAGCAGCAAGGCGGGACAUUUUUUGGGCGAGGACAAGUACGAGUGGGGCAACCCAAAUGCGACCGACCUUCCCCCUCUAGAGCCAAUCGAGAUGACAGUCGCGAAGGCAGCCUUCAACUGGCGCAAACGUAUUGUCCGCGAGGCAGGUAAGCACGAUGGCGUCUUCACCGGCUUCCGGGUGUUGCUGAUGGCCCCCAAAAAGGAACAGUUCAUUCGGCUUAUCCAGUCCGGUGGUGGCUACGUCAUCGACAUGGAUCCGCCCUUCAACGUGGAAGAUCUGAACGCGACGCACUGCUUCGUGGACGCAAAAAAGACCAAGAUUGCGGCCAGUGACCAUCGAGUGCUGGCCCAGGCUGGCAUCGCCGUAAUGUCGAUCAUGUAUUUGAACGCGUAUCUCACGUCGGAAACGCUGCCGGAUCCGGCCAAGUAUCGGCUAGCGAUCUAGGGUGGUAAGUACGGGAGCAUUCCGCUUGAGGUGGAACUAAAUAAAUACGAAUAAUUGUUGACACAGUGAA